UGUCCCUCAGGAUGUGUUGAGACUCGUUGGCUCUGAUUCGGCGCCUCCAGCUUUAAGAUGUUCCUGUAAACGAGCCUCAAAGCUGUAAAACGAGUCCUGGGCAGAGGAAGGAACCUCUGAGGAGGAGAGCUGACAGAAACGUGUCCCGUGUUGGUGGGAGGUUGGACUGAACUGGCUUCCUGUGUGGUUAACAACCUUCACAGCAGAACAGUUCUGGUAGCGUGAGAUUACAUGGCGUGGAAUGUGACACGUAAAUCCAGGAAGUGACUCUGUUCACAGAUAAACAGCUGAAGCCGAGAGGAGCCACAGCCUGACGCUGCUGCGGCACCACAUGUCCAGGUAAGACCUCAUGUCCAGACACGAUGUUCAAAGCUGCAGCCACAGCGUUCGUCAAAAACCUGAAAGUUGGCGAGCGUUUCGUUCCCAAUGAAGAUCCAGAUACAGAAGUAGACCUUCUGACUUUAGUCAGAAUCAAGAAGGGGACUUUCUGGACUUAUCCCAAGUACAAAGUGCUCCAGUACACCUUACCCAAGCUUGUGGGGGAGAAGACGUUUUCACCAGGUGAAAAUGAGAAAGAGAUGGCGGUGGAUUUCAAGACCUACAGAAUGAUCGGUGGGGACGUCCAAGUGAAGGCAGCAGAUGUUGUUGAUGCUGGGAUAAGCGCUGAUGUUGUGGAUGCUAUGAGUUCUGCUACCAUCAAGAAAAAGACAGUCAAUCUUGAUUGUGUGAGGGAGACUUUCAGGGGCAGAACGAUUAAAAAAGACGACCUGAAGCAGCUGAAACUGACCAAACACAACACCCUGGGGUUUGUUUAUGAGAGGGCGUACAACACUCAGCCUGUGACAUUGACCAGUGUAGGAAGCUGUAAGGGAAGAGUCUCAGGAUCGUACCAGAGCCUGGUGAAUGUGGGUGUUGGGGUGAGGGUGGAGACGGGCACCAAAUACCAGGUACCAGAAAAUAGAACCUUUGCUUACAGCCUGGUGGAGAUCAAAGUGGAGGAUGGGAAGAUCGAAAUACCUUUUGAAACCUGGAGUCACAAACAAGGUUGGCUCCAUGAUGCCAUAGACAAUGAUAUUUUGGAAAAAGCUAGAGAGGGGAUUGAAGCAAAGGAAAAUAUUCUGAACCUGAUUGACAGACUUCCAGAGUCGAUUCGUGGAGAUGUGCUGAAAAAGCUCAGAGAGGUUCUGGAGGAAGAGGAUGCUCUGAGUGAGCUGGAGGACAUACUGGACGAUGGCAGUGGGCCUCCUGUGUCUAAGGCUGUGUCUUCUUUCGUGGACAUCCUGGACCAAUCCAAAGAGCCCAAGGCGAGGGACGGUCUUCGUGUUCUGGUUGCCGCCUUGGAUGCUCUGCCUCUGCCACUGCAGGGAUCUCUGACCUCAGGAAGUCCUGAGACCAUCACCGUCCUCCACCAGCUGGUGGACAGUCUGAAGGACAGAGAUGAGCCCAGUCUGCCCGGUUCUGUCCCCGCCGCCCUGCAGCCAGAUGGACGUCUGCGUUGGGCCGCUGAUCUCCUCUGCUCAUCUGACGAGGUUCUGAAGUCGCUGACUGAUCUCUUCGAUGUGCCACCAGAGGUUCUGCUGGAGGUUCUGGCUCUGACCGUGAUGGGAGUCCACAAGCUGCAGGGCGGAAAGUAAAGCCGGUCCUGCUGGUGGACGUUUCACACUAGGGACAGAAAAAACCUUUCAUUCUGGGCCACUUCCUGUUGGGUUUCCUGUCACAGCGCCACCUUCUGUCAGGUUAAAUAAAGCUAAAAUCGACGAGCUGCUGGCGUCUAAUUGCCUGAUUUGGUGUAUUUUCAUGUUCUGAAUGAAACUUUGACUAUAAAAAUGAAAACCAAUCUAUUGUCUUUCUCCUCUGAACAAUUAUUAAAGGCAUUAAAACAUGAAA